AUGAUCAUAAUCCGUUGUAUUCCGGAAUUAGGGAUUGGCGCAAUGAAACGAAAACGCGAUUCACUUCCACAUUAUUCAACACAAGAUGAAAAUGAAGUUGAACAGCUGAUGAGUAGCUUAGCUUCUGCUUCCUCAAUCACAACACAAAUUCUACAGUAUAUUAACGUGUUCGAAAGUCAGAAAAAUUCUUUUCAGGCCACGGAAACUGUAAAUUUCAUCAGAUCGAGGGUUGCAAUAAUUCUUGAGCUUAUCCAGGAAUUGGUGAAUGAGUUAGAAUUCAUUCACUUGGAGGAUCAUGAGACAGAUACAUAUAAUAAACGCGUAAAUUCCAUUACUGAACAAGCCUUGCAAUGUCAAGAUUUCCUUCGUCAAUUGCCGCUAAAAGAUCUCGAAUCUGAUUCGACCGAUCCGAGAAAGGUCUUCUGA